AAAAUACCUUUUUUUUUUAAAUAACACUAUUUUCUUUAUUAUUUUUGUAUUAUUUAUUUUUAUUAUCUGAUUUUUCCACACAAAUUGUAUUUUAACUACAAGUAGUUAAAACAUGAAGGAAUAGGUAGCAAUAUUGUGAAUAUACUGAACAUGUUGAAGCAAUCAUCACGUAGGAAUAUUAGAACAAAAGGGUUCAAAUUAAAGCAUGUUUUUCAAGCAUUUGCACUGCUUUUGAUAUGUUUAUGGUUGAUUUACCAAGUAAAACAGUCUUACAGCAAGACUAAAGUGGAAAAUUUGGGAGAAAAAUCAUUGAAGGAACAAGAUUUGCAAAAAGUUGUCAAGUUAGGGAGAAAAGAUCUGAAUCCCUUGCUGUUAGAUGAAUUAGCUGCUGAGUUUCAAAAAAAUCCAGAUGAAGAUCUUGAACAGGAAGAAUUAGAUGAAGGGAAAAAAGAUGAGAAUGAUGGAGAUGAUGAGACUGAUGGGGUUGGAGAGCAUGAACAAUUGGAAGAUAUAAUUGAUGAAGAUGAUAAAGAUGCAACAACAAGAGAUGCAAUUUGAGAAUAUAACUAUAUAGUAUUUUUUAUAAUUAGUAGAUAAAUAACUAUGAAUUGCCCGUUUGGUAUUGUGAUUUUGGAAAAAACCAAAGUUCUAACUCAUGAAGAUGUAGUAGAGAAGUGUUUUAAGUUCUUGCUAAUGAGUAGUAUUUUACUAGUGUUAUAUGAUUUAUAGGAAAUGUGUAUUUAUCUCUGUGGAAUGGUGGUUUUCCAGAUUUAAUAAAUCA